GCGUUGACAGAAUUUACCUCCUUUGAAUUAAAUUUAGGACAAUACCCAAUCAUACCAACUAUAUUAGUAGCUGGAGUCCUAUACAAUUAUGCGAAUCAACGACAUCGGCAUCUAGAAUUUAAUAUAGAAGAUAAAGUGUUGCUCUCAACAAAAAAUAUUAUUAGUCCAAUUAACAAACAGAGACCAACAAAAAAAGUUGUCGCCAAAAUACAAAAUUCACCUGGUGUUCCAUAUUUCACUUCUAAAACUAUACAAAGUAUCGAAAGAUUUCAACAGACCAACUCCUUACCUGCGAUCUUUGUACCUGAAAUCCAACAAGAAGAAUAUAAAGUCGAAUCCAUCUUGGAUCAAAAG